AUGGAUCUCUCUCGGGAAGUCGACGAUUACAUCAAAGAGACAAUCGAUCACUCUCUCGGGAUUCCGCUAUCGACGGACGCUCUCCGGAAGAAACUCUACGCGGCCGAAGAAUCUCAGCGACGUCUCCGGGAACAGUAUCUGUCACUGGUCUCCAGAUUGAGAGAGAAAGAGCAAGUAAUCGACCUCGUAAGAUCCGAAGCGAGCAUGAAUGCGCAGGCGCUGAAGAAAUUCGUCGAAGAGAAUCAGAAAUUGGCCGGCGAGUGCGAAGGUUUGGUGAAUCAGUGUAGGAAGUGGGAAAAGGAAUGCUUACUCUAUCACCAAGAUCGCGAAGCGUUGAUGGAUUUCGGGAACGAAUCGGACGAGAGGGCUCGAGAAGCAGAGUCUAGGGUUCGUGAAUUGGAGGAACAAGUGAGGAAAAUGGAAUCUGACAACAAAUUCAUGUAUUUAGAAGAAGAUUCUCUGCUCGAUUCGAUUUUGGCAUCAGAUGAAACUAUAAUCGGGCGUGUGUUCUUGGAGGCGAACGUUGAAGACGAAUCUUGUCAAGCUCUGUUGAGGAAAUGGGAUCAAUUGAAGCCAUCGACGAAGAAAGCUGUGUGUUUAGUUGCGAUUGUGAAGAAAGUCGAGAAGGAGAAAGAAUGCCUCAUCUUGAAUCUGUCUAGAGCCGAGCAAGAAGUGGAGCUUGUGAGCGAGCAAAACAGAGAGCUUGAUGAAGAAAAUCGCAAGCUGUUGAGGCAAUGCUCUGUGGAGAGAAGCCAUGGAUCUACAAAGUCUAACAAGAGAAAGAGUCCCAAGAUGAUUAGAGGGAGCCCGAUCGAGAAGAGGAUUGAGUUGAGCAGCCAUGGAUUUCUUGAUGCGUAA